GCUUCGAGGAGUACAGAAACAUCACCGUAAAAAAUAGACCUCAAGGAUGUAAUUUAAAUAAUCCAUCAGAAAUGAGUGCAAACGACCGCUGGACGCUCUACUUCCAUUGGCUGCACCUGUACGAGAACUACCUCGUUCGGCAGCUGACUGUACUCGAAGGUGGCCGUAGAGAAGUCUAUAAGCAAUAUAUAGAACUGCAGCACCUUCAAGACGUCGAGGUCAUGAGGCAAAUGUUAGUCGUAGGAAUGACGACGACCAGUGCGGCUCGUCUUCAAACGGUUCUUCAAAGUUUGCGCUCGCCAAUUGUGAUAGUCGAGGAGGCCGCCGAAGUUCUGGAAGCGCACAUUAUAGCGUCGUUAACCAAUCACUGUCAGCAUUUAAUCUUAAUAGGCGAUCACCAACAGCUCAAACCGAGCACUGCAAAUUAUCGUAUGGAGGUAAAGUACCAACUGGGCAUCAGUCUUUUUGAACGAAUGGUACGGAACAACAUACAAUGUCAUACGCUCGGAGUGCAGCACCGUAUGAGGCCGGAAAUUGCCAAAUUAAUUGUUCCCGCCGUCUAUCCAAAAUUGGACAAUCAUCCUUCCGUUGAAAAUUUUCCCAACGUUAAAGGAGUCGACUUCAACUUGUAUUUUAUUGACCACCAUCACAAAGAGGAAGAGGUGCACGAUAGUAAGGUGAACCGGCACGAAGUGAGCUAUAUAAUUGCAUUGGCAAGGCAUUUAAUUCUAAACGGAUACAAGCCCGAAGACAUAACCAUCCUAGCCGCGUAUUCCGCCCAAAUGUUCGCAUUGUGGGAAGAACGGAAACGUUUCACUCAUUUACUGAAGGACGUCCGUAUCGCCGUGCUGGAUAAUUAUCAAGGAGAAGAGAGCAGAAUUAUCCUGUUGUCCCUUGUGAGAAACAACAACGAGGGAAAUAUAGGUUUUUUGAAAAUCGAUAAUAGAGUAUGCGUCGCCCUCUCCCGGGCGAAAGAGGGUCUCUACAUCAUGGGAAACAUUAGCCUGCUCUGCCAAGCCAGCGAGAUUUGGCCGAAGAUCAAGACGGUUUUGGUCGAUCAGAACUCUCUGGGACGAUCAUUGCGCCUUCGUUGUCAAAUUCAUACGAAGAAUGUAACCGAAAUAGAGAAUUUGAAAGAUUUUGAAAAUGUAUCCGAAGGGGGGUGUAACACAAUGUGCGAUAGCAUAAUGAAUUGCGGCCAUGUUUGCCCAAAGGUUUGCCACAUCAUCGACAGGCAGCACGAAAAUAUCUCCUGCAAAGCCAACUGCACCAGGAUCUUGUGCGACAACGAGCACGUGUGUCCUAAAAUGUGCUUUGAAGAAUGUGGCCCAUGCAUGGUGCUAAUGAAAAGGACACUAAAAUGCUCUCACGUUAUUAGCCUUACUUGUUCAACUGAUUUGGAUACGGUUAAGUGUAUGCAACUGGUCACUGCAAAAUUGCCAUGUGGACAUACUGACUCAAAUAAGCGGUGCCAUACACCUGUGGAUGUUCACAUUUGCCCUUUCCCAUGUACGGUACGUGUGGAACCGUGCGGGCACGCAUGUUCUUUAAGUUGUCACAUUCGUGAUGACCCGGACCAUCUAAUUUACGUGUGCAGGAAGAAAUGCGAAAAACCGGCGAAAGGUUGCUCGACGGGCGAUCAUAAGUGCAAAAGAGAUUGUUGCGAGGAAUGUUCGUUAUGCGAGGUGAUAGUGGAAAAGAGAAGGACGACGUGCACUCACCGAUUGCAGAUUCCGUGCAAUGAGGAUCCUAACGAAAUUGUGUGCAAAAUGGCGUGCCGCCGACUGCUGCCCUGCGGCCAUGCUUGCAAGAAGAAAUGUUCAGAAACGUGCGGGGACUGUAGAGUUAUGGUCGCGAAAGAAUUGAGCGUGUGCCAUCAUGAAGUGAAGGUGAAAUGCAGCGAAACACCUAGCAGAGAUCGCUGUACCGGACAGUGUCCGCUUACUUUAAACUGUGGUCACGUUUGCCAGGCCAAAUGCAAUGAACCGUGCACUAAACUGUGCGGGCACUUGGUCGAACACGAUAAGAUUGCGGACUGUGGUCACAAGUUUAAAAUCGCAUGUCAUCUGAGAACUAAAGUUCUUCCCGGAAACUCGUAUAAGCUGCUUCGAUUCUGUGAUAGUCCAUGUAAUGCGGUUUUGGAAUGUGGUCAUACAUGCUCUGGAACUUGCGGCUCUUGUGCGCAGGGCCGUAUCCAUGCCACUUGCAAUCAGAAGUGCGGACGUAUUUUAGUUUGCGGACACGAAUGUCCGUUUCCAUGUCGUGAAGCAUGCCAACCGUGCAACCUUAGGUGCACUUACAAGUGCGCGCACAGCAUUUGUGGCAAGCAGUGCGGCGAACCCUGCACUAAAUGCGCCGAAAGUUGCGAACGACGCUGCAUACACUCAGACUGUGCAAACAGAUGCGGUGACAUAUGUUCCGUGGCACCCUGUACAAAUCCGUGCAAGAAAAAAUUGAAAUGUGGACACGACUGCGUCGGUUUCUGCGGGGAUCCUUGUCCCCCACUGUGCCGGGUUUGCCACUACGACGAUCUAACCGAGACGUUUUUCGGCACCGAAGACGAGGAGGGCGCAAGAUUCGUUCUGCUCGACGAGUGUGGCCACAUCGUAGAAAGUACCGGAAUGGAUCAGUGGAUGACGGUGGACGAUGGUAACGCCAUAAAGUACAAGUGCUGCCCGAAGUGCAAAACCCCACUGACAUCCACGCAGCGUUACAGCAGCUUCAUAAAGCAAACCCUGCAGGACGUAUACGCUGUGAAGCUGAAAUUUUUUGGAAACGUCAAGGAAAAUGAGGAGAAACGCGCCGAGUUACUCGGAAAAAUGAAUGAUUUAGAAAAACUGACAAAUGAAAUGCCCGCUUCCGCGCUCCUACUCCAGAAAAUCGUUAAGAAUCUAAAAAAUUCGGUUCAAGUAGUACACAAAGGACGCAAGAUCACCCUGAAUUCCAGCCUUAGUAGGAUAUACCUAUCGAAAAUGCAAGUACUGGAAAACAUCAUCAAAUCCUUCAUAGCUGUUAAACUCGGUUCCGCAACUGUCAUACAUGUCGCCAUAGAAGACAUGGAGUUUUUGCUGAAUUCCUUAUCGCGCGAGGGGAACACGAUGACCAAUCAAGAAAUAUCCGACAUACGCAAGGAAACUAACCGAUUCUCUCACAAAGUGCAACUGCUCAAGAUAUCCGAAAGUGACGAGGUCUUCAAAGCGAAAAUUUAUGGAAACUCCUACAAUAAGAAGCUAUACGAAACGAUCUACUACAAACUCGCUUCCAUUUCCCCUUUUUCGGAUGCCGCCGACGAGGAGAUAGGGAAAAAUAUCGCCUAUCUGAGCAAGGAGCUGGGAACGUACGUUUCGCAGAUCGAACGACAGCAAGUGAUUCAGGCGAUGAAAAUGGCCAAGGGGCACUGGUUUAAGUGUCCGAACGGCCACUAUUACGCCAUCGGCGAGUGCGGAGGCGCAAUGCAGACGGGGAAGUGCAUCGAAUGCGGCGUCGCAAUAGGCGGACACAGCCAUACGUUGCUGUCGACGAAUAGGCACGCCGGCGAAAUCGAUGGGUCCGCUCAUGCCGCGUGGUCAGAGACUGCAAAUAAUUUGUUUAACUUUGAAGGGUUCCUCAAUGGUUAGUUUUAGUGUUUUUUAUUCACAAUGUUUACGAUUCGUUAAUAGAAUAUUAUGAAGUUUU